AUGGACAAGAGUUGGAUAACAAAGGACAGACUUUCAAAAGAGUAUGAAGAGGGAGUCGACAGCUUUAUUAAGUUAGCGUUAGAAAAUACAACAGAUCCUUCCAGAGUUCAUUGUCCUUGUAGAAAAUGUUCACAUUUGAAAAAAUUAGACAUAAUGGAGAUAAAAAGUCAUCUAUACUUUAACGGAAUGGACCAAACAUAUGUCAAGUGGAUUUGGCAUGGAGAAGUAUAUGACUCUAACAAUAAUGUUCCCAAUGAAAGAAAGAAAUUUGAUGACCCUAUAGAGAUGGUGAGAGAUGCAGAUGAACGUUUUGUUGAUAAGCCUGAAGAAUUUUUGAAAUUUUUAGAAGAUGCAGAGAAAUCAAUAUUCUCGGGGGCACCUUUGUCAAAAUUGGUUGUUUUAGUAAAACUAUACAACUUGAAAGCUGGUAGUGGUUGGAGUGACACAAGUUUCACAAAGUUAUUAACUUUAUUAAAAGAAAUUUUACCAAAAGACAAUGAAUUUCCUUCCUCGCUUUAUGAAGCAAAAAAAACAUUGUGCACAUUAGGAAUGGAGUAUAGCAAGAUUCAAGCUUGUCCAAAUGAUUGCAUUCUAUAUCAAAAUCAAUAUGAGAGUGCAACUGAGUGCCCCGAUGGAAGGAUCAAAGAUGACAAAUUGCGCCAUCCAGCUGAUUCCCCAGCUUGGAAAGAAGUGGAUGAACUAUGGCCUCAAAUAAGAGAGGAUCCUAGAAACCUUCGACUUGGUCUUUCUGCUGAUGGCAUCGAUCCAUUCAGCAAUAUGAGCUCAUCUUACAGUUGUUGGCCAGUGAUUCUAUAUGACUUGAAGGUGUUGUGGAACAGAAUUGAUUGUUAUGAUUCUUUUAAAAAAGAAAAUUUUAUACUUAGAGGUGUACUCUUAUGGACAAUAAAUGAUUUUCCUGCUUAUGGUAAUUUAUCAGGAUGUUUUGUGAAAGGAUAUAAAGGAUGUCCAAUAUGCGGUGAACAAACAAGUGCCACAAGAUUAGAAUAUUGUAGGAAGAUGUGUUAUAUGGGUCAUAGAAGGUUUCUACCAGAAAAGCAUUAUUACCGGAAGCAAAAAUUAGCAUUUAAUGGUGAGCAAGAGUUGCGAGAAGUGCCUACACCAAUGACUGGAGAAACUAUCUACGAUGAGAUUCGUUUUGUUGAAAAUAAAUUUGGUAAGCCUGUGGAAAAGGUCGAUGAAAAUGUAGAGACAAAGGGGAAAAAGAAAGGCAAAUGUAAAACAAACAUCAAAUGA